AUGGAAUCUGAGUCUGUCCAACCUCAAUGGGGGUGGCCGCCCGACACGGAUACACAGAACCAUGACGAACACGAGCACGAGACCAGGGACGACCAAACAUCCGGCGCUGCCGGCGGCUCGGAUGCUCCUCACCAACCCGGCGCCACGCCGACACAGAAACAGCGGCACUACAAACCCCGGACCUGCCGCAUCUGCCUCGAAGUCGUCAACCCCACCACCGAGAUCGAUGACUCGCUUGCCGGCCGCGUCUUCUCCUCCAAGACGCGUGUGCGGUACGUCUCCGAGGACCCAGAGCUCGGCCGACUCAUCAGCCCCUGCCGCUGCAAAGGAUCGCAGAGGUAUGUCCACGAGGGUUGUCUGCAGGCCUGGCGAAAUGCGUCGCCGCUGUCCGAUCGGAAUUACUGGCGGUGUCCUACCUGCCAGUUUGAGUACCGCCUCCAGCGCCUCCGAUGGGGUCGAUGGCUGUCGAGCAAAGCGCUCCGGGGCGUCUUGACCGUCGUUAUCAUGGUGGCUACCAUAUUCAUCCUCGGCUUCGUUGCCGAUCCGAUCCUCGGUUUCUGGGACGACCCGUUUGGCAGUCUCAUUGAGACGUUGAUGGAUGUGGAGUUGAAUGAGCCGAUUUUGGCGGACGAUGGGCCUGGGACCUGGUAUGGUCACUUCUUUAAGGGGUUCUUGUCCUUGGGAAUCUUGGGGUUUCUCAAGACCAUGUUUGUCAUGUCGCCGUGGCAUUGGCUCAAUGUUCGGUUUGGAGGUCGUCGUCGGCGGGGGACUGGGAGAAACAGGGUGGAGCAGAUCAACUGGGCGCUUGUGGUCGUCGGGGUGCUGACAUUCAUGGGGGCAACAUGGAAGUUUGUGAACCACCUAAUGGCCAAGACCCUCGAGAAGGCCAGUGAUCAUGUCCUUGACGUCCAAGAAGACCAACCGGACGAGGACGAGGUGGAAGACGAAGGCGUGCCUGGGGAAGCUGCCGAUGAGUCGAAAAAGGAUAAGUAA